UCACGCUGGGAAUAAUUGUUGGCGCCGUAAGAAAUAUCAAUGAUCGAAAGCUGUACAGUAACGGAACUUCACCCAUUCUCCUCAUUUAUGAUCGUACUUGUUGCUCUAUAUAUACGAGACAGUUUCCUCCUUCCCCUGCGCCCCUUCCUUGAUAGAGAAAAGAUCGAUAGAGUCUACCACCAAGAUGGAAUCUGCCUGCAAUUCGCUGGCUUCAAGGCCAUUGGUGAAUUCCCGACCACCUAGGCCCGGCACCGGUCGUCCGCGUUUCCGGGUGAGAGCGACGUCGCGGCGGGAUUCCGACGACCGGAUGUUCGGCAGCAGGAUGGUGGACGAGAACAUGAUUGUGCUGAGAAAGAGGAUUCAGGAGAUGAAGAUGGUGGAGAGGAACUACGAGGCGCCUGCCCACUGGAUGGAGUGGGAGAAGAGGUACUACGCAUCGUAUGAUUCGGAUGUGUGCGAAGGGGUGGGUCAGUUGCAGAGGUUUCUGAUGGGCACCAGGCCCAGUGUGGCUCUCGGAUUGCUGCUGCUCCUCGGUUUCAGCGUGCCCACUUCUGUUCUUGUAGCCCUCUUAAAUUUUGUUGAAUUGGGACAAAGGAUUGUAGACGUUGCCAUUCACCAGUAGAUGAAAAAAUUUUGAUUUA